UGUCCAGAACCAAGAGCCGGGGAUGGGAGGGAGAGACGCUCGACCAAUCAACGGUCCCUUUCUCUGAGCGCGAGGAGGACCGGGACAGCCAAUCCGGAAGCGGCGGCAGCGGCUCCACCGCCACUUUUCGCACCCUUCUGCAAUUGCUGAGCUGGGAUGGGGGCUGGCGAGGUGGCCGUUGAAUAACCUCCUUCCCCCGGCGUGUCGCCCGCGGCGCGCGUCAUGCUGAUUACGCUCUGCUACUUGUACUUGUGGGCGCGCUGGCGGGCCUAUUCGGCAGGGCUCAUCCGCCGCACCGUGCACAGGUUGUACAGAACCAGUUCCUUCACCUUCUCCUGCGCCUCCUCCGGCGCCGGGUGCUCUCGCUCAACGCUGCAACACCGGCAACCUCCCCACGUUCCGCUUCUCAAGAACGGGCCCCCGCGCCUCUCCGAGGAGAGAAUCUGUCUGAGGGUGGGGAACAAGGUUUUCUUCGCUGACGAGACCCAGUCUCUUGAUGAUUUAAACAAAUGGACGUUGCUUAUUGUAUCACCUUUUAGUUAUUUGGACAAAAUACUGGAAGCAGAACAUAUUGCAUUUGUGACUGAAAGUAUUUCCAUUCAAGCAGGCAGUUCUCAAACUAUAACUUGCUCAACAGAAAAGAUUGUGAAGUGGUCAGACUAUUGUUCACCUUUGGCCUUUAGACCUGGAGAACCUUUCAUAUUAUUUGCUGAAACAAGCAUAGACAACUUCAGUAGCCUUGGGAUAGCAUUCAUGGAAGAUAGACUCCAAAUGGAUAAUGGAAUGGUGCCUCAAAAAAUUGUGUCUGUGCACUUACAGAAGUCAUCACUGGAAGAGUUAGAACAACUGGCUCCAAAUACCAAAAAAGAGGAAAAUACUGAUAAGAUACAGCUUGGUGAACUGAUUCAAGAGUCUACUUUUGAGACUGCUGCUAAUCCAAAAGAGGAAGCUGUCAACUAUGUAGGAGGUGAUCAAGAAAUGCAUAGAGGAACAUGCAAACUGCAGAAAGUAAAUGAACAUCCUGAACAACGUGAGCAAAUAUCUGAAAAGGAAAUGGGUACUGGUGAACACCACCACCUGCAUCUUUCCAGCUGCCAUGAGUGCUUGGAACUGGAGACUAGUACAAUUGAGUCAGUUAAGUUUGCCUCUGCAGAAAAUAUUCCAGAUCUUCCUGAUGAUUAUAGUGGCAAUUUGGAAGAUGUUAGUGAUAAUUAUCUGGCAAGAAACCUGAAAAGAGUAAACCUUACUGGGAAACCUCCUAAUAUUUUAAUUUAUGUUGGUUCUGACCCUGAAAAAGUGAAAUUUGAAGAAAUAAAAUCACUCAUCAUGGAAUGUGUUGAUAUUAAUGCUUACACAGUCUACCAGUUGUUAGAGAAACAAGUUUUGAGUGUUCCCUGGCUUGACAAUGCAUUGCUGUUGAUCAUUGCUGCGUCAGACCCCAUUUCAGAUGCUGUGUCCAAACAAUUUCUCACUUUCAUGUCAAAAGGUGGAAAGAUUUUGGGACUUGGUUCCUCUUUCACUUUUGGUGGAAUAAAGCUUGAAAGUAAAAAUGAACUGAUGGGCAAAAUACAAGGAUUUGUGUUUUCAACAGCUAUGAGUGAAGAGAUUAGACUAAAUGUUCUGGUUAGUGGGAACAUUUUUGAGAAAGAAAGUACAGAAGAAUUCAUCUCUGUGAAGCCACUAGGUUACUUGGACAGUCCAGAUAAAGAUGUGGUGAUUGUUCACCUGCCAUAUGGAAAUAGUGGUGGAGAAGCCAUUCUCUGUCAGGCACAUUUGGAGGUGAAUGUCAAGCGUUUGUCUAGUCAAGCAAAGGAUGACUUCAAUUUGCUCAAAAUAAGCAAUGCCAAAAGAUACAAUGUUCUUACAGAAAUCCUGACACUACUUCAUUUGAGCUGUGAAUUAAGUGAAAUUCCCCCAUUAACUCCGAUUUACCUACUCUCAUCUGAUAAGGAAGUCCAUAGUUUUCUUUUGGAGUGGCUUGGAAGAAAUGUGAAUGAGGAAGGAUUGAUCUCAUCCAGCAGGGUGUCCCUCAAGUUUGUAUCAUCUUGCAGCACAGAAACAGAAAUAACGCCCUCGCUCAUGCCAGUAGUUACUGACACGGAAGCUUUCUCAUCUGAACAUUUCAGUCUUGAGAGAUACAAGCAAAAUCUACAGACAAAGAGCCUUGGGAAAGUGGUUCUAUUUGUCGAAGUUACAUCAACCACAAUGAAUCUUCUUGAUGGGUUGAUGUACAAGGUGCCACGGGAAAUAGGUCUGAUAGCAAUUGCGGUUCAACAAACUCAAGGGAAAGGCCGCGGUGGAAAUACCUGGCUGAGUCCUGUGGGAGCUGCUUUAUCAACUCUACAUAUCAUUAUUCCUUUAUCUUCCCAACUCGGGCAAAGGAUUCCAUUCAUUCAGCAUCUGGUUUCUCUAGCAGUUGUGGAGUCUGUUAGAUCCAUGCCUGGAUACCAGGAUAUUGACCUCCGGGUGAAAUGGCCAAAUGAUAUUUACUAUAGUGACCUUAUGAAGCUUGGUGGCGUGUUAGUGAAUUCCACACUGACAGGAGAUACGUUCCACAUACUUAUUGGCUGUGGAUUUAACGUGAAUAACAGCAAUCCUACUAUAUGUAUCAAUGAUCUCAUUAUGGAGCACAAUAAGACAAAGAACACAAAAUUAAGGCCCUUAAGUGUUGAUUGCCUGAUUGCAAGAAGUGUGACAGAGCUGGAAAAUCUGAUCAGCACCUUUCAAGAAAAAGGACCUAAUGGAGUUCUUCCCAUGUACUAUAAAUACUGGAUUCAUAGCGGUAAGCAAGUACAGCUUGGAAGUGAUGAGGGGCCAAUAGCAUGGAUUGAUGGAAUAGAUGAUUCUGGAUUCCUUCGAGUUCGUGAGGAAGGCAAAGGCAUAGUGACUGUGCACCCAGAUGGCAAUACUUUUGAUAUGCUGAGAAAUCUUAUCAUUCCAAAGCAGCAGUAGUUUUUAGAUGUGGUGAAGCAGCUGCUCUCUCAGACCGUUUUAUGCUCAACACUUAAGGUUAGAGCUUGGCUGGAAACUGUGUCAAACUGAAAUUAUCUAAGGUUGAAGAACUGAAAAACUGCAUACCAAGCAAAGCAUUGAAUUCUGACUCAUUUAAUUUUCCUGGGUUCUUGACCCAGUGGUCUGGGAUUUGGGGGCUUUUCAUGUUUGUUUUCUUCCAGUUUACAUAUAGAUUUGAAGGAAACUUUAUGGUCAUCAUGAACAGCUCUAGCUUCUAAGUUUUGGUAUGGAUCACUCAAGUAAAAUUCGCUCCAGAAGACUGUUUUAUCCUUUUACUAUGGAUUCUUUAUGCUUCCACUUACAGUAUGCCUUUAAAUUUAAUACACAUAUUACUGUGUUUCUAUACGAAGGAAUGUAUUUUGCAAUAGAAUAUUUAGUAUGUUAAAAUGAUAAAUAUAGUACGUUUGGUCUAUCAAUGCCCCAGCUUGGUAUGGGGUUAUUAUUAAUAUUGCUAUAUGCAAAACAAAGUUGAAUUAUGCUUUUUGAAAAUCUGUUUAAGCUAUACAGUUAUUAAAGGAAUUUUCCCCAUUCUGCUGUCUAUUACUCAUAAAACAAUUAACAAAAGUGAUUUUAGCCUCUUAGAAAGGGCUCUGUAUAUGCUGUGUUAUAUUGGAGUCAAAGUCUUUCAGAAGCUUGGUGUUUCCACAACUGACCACAGACUAUUAUUUUUUCUAAUAGAUUUCUGGUAAUUGGCCCUGAUUCCCAUAUGACUAUACAAACUUUCAAUUACUUUGAAAGUAUAUCUCAUUUUCACAGUACGUUCUUGCAGUUUUCUCUUCCUAGGAUAUUUCACAAAGGGCAGUACCUACAAAUAAGAUUAUGAAUCCAUGAUAUGUUUCUGCCUUAAUGGCUAACAGAACUUAUUUUCCUGUGUACAUUAAAAUCAAAGCCCUUUCCUGUUGUAUGAUAUAUAAUUGUAUGUCAUCUCACCUACUAAGGUCCCCUGAUUGCCACUGAUAAUUUUCAUAAUCAAAUGCCAGAUAGACAUAAACAGGUGAUAUGUUCUGCCUCUUCUAGUGUUUUCAGAAACUCCUAAAUGCAUGAAUGUUGCUGCUUAGGCCUACAGAACUCAAGCUUGUAGCCCAGGCUGUAGUCUGAAACCAAUUCCUGCAUGCCAGGGAACUGUACGUAACCUGGCCUCCUAAAUAAAACUGCCAUGGGUUCUUACAAACUCCCUCAUGUUCAGUUAAGAAAAUGCCCUCAGAUACAUGCCUGACUUGUAGCCAGAAGCAGGUUUAUAGGUUAAAGUUCACUUUAUAAAGAAUCAGGAAAUAGAUAGAUUGGCUCAAAUAUAAAUCCAAGCAGCCUUAAAGAAAGCAAAGCAGUUGACCUAUAAUGGUGGGUUAGCAUAAUCCCUGCAUAUUGGAGGCUGAGUAGUUUGACUGUAAAUUACUGGAGAUUAAAUUGUCAUUUGUUGAAAAGGAGGAUUUCGACUUGUGUUGCAUAACAUUUCACACAUUUAUAAUUGUUUCUUGCAUCAUAACAUGGUUAUCUAACAAACAAAACAAUGAAACAGUUAAACUAAUGGCUUAAAUGUCUGUAUAUUGCUUUAAGCAGAACUUUUGUUCCAACACCUAAUGGUGAGAAAUAGAGAUAUGCAAGCCUCUCUGGGACUAGGAGUUCAAAGCUCUUAUUUUCUAUUAUUAGUAUUAUUAUUACUGAUUUAAUAACUUGUGAUCCUUAAGUCUGACUUAGUAUAAUAAAAUAAAUGGAAAUUCCAGCAA